AUGGGGCUCAUUACGUCUGCAGGACUCACCAUUAUGCAACAGAACAGAGAAAGAUGUGGAGCUCAGGCUGAGAAUCCUGCUUGUCAGUUGAAUAUCAUUGAAACCUAUGAGGACUAUGAAUAUAUUCAAGAAGGAGAUAUUAUGAUUGGAGGAAUUUUAGCAGUGAACUCAGAAAUGAUUGAGUACAGGAAGGCAGGCGAAGGCUACAAGAGGAAAAUGUGUGUUGUGGUCCUUCCGCAAUAUUACAGACAACUUGUGGAUUUUCGUUUACUCAUUAAAAUAAUUAACCAUAAGCGAUCCUUGUUCCCCAACCUGACCCUGGGGUACCAUAUAUACGACUCCUGUGGGGACGCACAGAAGGCAGUGAGGAGCGUAUUACAGAUAUUAUCUGGUACCAGGGAGCCGGUUCCCAAUUACUCCUGUGUGGGAAAGAGAAACAUUGCUGGGUUUAUUGGGGAUGUCUAUUCAGCGACAACAGUGCCCAUUGCCCAGAUUCUGAGUCUUUUCGGCUACUCACAGAUCAGUUCUGGCGCCACAGACCCAUUGCUCAGUGACAGAGUCACUUACCCAUACUUUUUCCGGACAGUACAAAGUGAUCACCAUUAUUAUCUUGCUUUUAGCCAAUUACUGAAACAUUUUGGCUGGACCUGGAUUGGAAUAAUAAGACUAGAUGAUUAUGAGGGAGGAAAAGAACAUCAGCUGCUAAUGAAGUACCUCUCUAGUCAUGGGAUAUGUGUUGAGUUCAGCGUAAAGAUAAGUAGCUUUAUAGAUCAAACUUCAUCAGGAUGGAAUGAGUACAACAAAGAUAUGCAGUCAAAGCAGGUCAUUCAAAAGUCUUCAGCUAGAGUCAUUCUACUGUGUGGAAUGGUUUCUGGAACCUCGGUUGAAAGUCUACAAAAAUUUACAGAGGAAUUUAUUGAGAGAACAUUAAUUCUUUCUUAUACUAUAUAUGUCAAUUAUCACAUGAUGGAUUAUGCCAUAGACAUAUUUAAUGGUAGUUUAGGCUUAAUACAAUACUUGGAAUAUUCUCUUCAAGGUCCCAUAUUAAAACCUUACCUAGAGAGUAUCCGUCCAUCAAAUUACCCUGAAGACAAGUUACUGGAAGAUAUCUGGAUGCGAUACCAUUUAUGUUUAUCAAAGGACAACAGCAAAAACAAUGUUUAUAAACAAGUUUACAAAGAUGAACUGCGUAACUGCACUGGGAAGGAGCUCAUAACAAACGUCCGCCAUUUUGACAACCCUUUACACAGUCCCCAUGUGGCCUUUGCGGCUUAUAUACUGACUCAUGCAAUUCACAUUAUGCAAAUGUCUAUUGACCAGGAAGGUCCUAAAAAGAGCAAAAAUAUGUAUAAUUAUAAACAUCAGUUACAUCAUUAUUUCAAAAACAUCCCUUUUAAAACCAAUACAACUUUGAAUUUUGAGGAAAAUGGUGAGUUUUUGACUCACUACCGAAUCUAUUACUAUACAAUGAAAUCCUAUAGUGAAAUACAUAUGGAAAUUCUUGGGUGGUUCUUAUCAAGGGGACUCUCGGACCAGCAGCUCUACAUUGGUCCAUAUGAUGUAAGAUGGAAGACCAACAACAGUCAGAUCCCAAAAUCCCAGUGCUCAGAUAACUGUCUCCCCGGCUUCAGGAAGGCACCGGAUCAUGGAACCCACUCCUGCUGCUAUCAUUGUGUUCCUUGUUCCGAGGGAGAAAUGUCUAAUCUGACUGACAGUGAGAACUGCAUCCGAUGCCCAGACAUGGAAUGGCCCAAUGAGAAGAGGAAUCAGUGUAUUGCAAAAACUGAGCAAUUUCUCUCAUACACUAAUGAUGUGAUUUCUGAUGCUUUCAUUAGUGUCUCAAUUCUAUUUUCUCUUAUAACAGUCAUAGUAUUAGGAAUUUUUGUUUUAUACCGGGACUCCCCCAUAGUGAGAGCCAACAACCGGAGCCUGAGCUUCCUCCUCCUUGUCUCCAUCAAGCUGAGCUUCCUCAGUGUGUUUCUGUUCCUCGGUCGCCCUGUGGAUAUAACCUGCAUGCUGCGCAUCAUCACUUUUGGAAUCACCUUCUCCAUAGCUGUCUCUUCUCUCCUGGCCAAGACUAUCAUGGUUUGUGUUGCUUUCAAAGCCACCAAGCCAGGGAGCUCAUGGAGAAAAUGGCUGGGAGUCAAACUGUCCAAUUCUGUAGUCUUGUUCUGCUCAUCCAUUCAAAUAAUCAUCUGCAUGACUUGGUUGGCCAUUUCUCCUCCCUUUCAGGAACUGGACAUUCACACUUCCCCUGGAACCAUCAUCAUUCAGUGCAAUGAGGGCUCAGCUAUUGGCUUUUACUCAGUUAUUGGGUAUAUGGGGCUUCUGGCAGCUGUUAGUUUUGUUUUAGCAUUUUUAGCUCGGAGCUUACCGGACAGUUUUAAUGAGGCCAAGUACAUCACUUUCAGCAUGCUGCUCUUCUGCAGUGUUUGGAUCACAAUGAUCCCGGCCUAUCUGAGCACCAAAGGCAAAAACACUGUGUGUGUGGAGAUAUUUGCCAUACUCACCUCAAGCGCGGGCCUUUUAGCCUCUAUAUUUCUGCCCAAAUGUUAUAUGAUUUUAUUUAGACCUGAGAUGAACACAAAAUCAAAUUUACUUGGAAACAAGUUUUUAUAA